GCGGUCGACUUCACGUGAGCUCUCUGGGGGACGCGAACUUUCGUGCGUAAACCGGGGGAACCAGCAGCAAAGGCGCUGCGAUUCCCGCCACCCACCGAAGGCGGCGCGUGAGCUGGAGCUGAAGGGGAGAAGAAGAAGGGGAAAAAAAAAAAAAAAACUCCACGGACAUCCUGGUCUGUACCACUUGAAGGAAAAGCCGGAGUGGAGGGAGGGGAAAGCCAAGAGGCAGCUAAGCCGGAGAAUCGGCGGUUUCUCGGGAGUUUCCAGGCAGAGGCGGGCAAGAAGCAGGGACCGCAACGGCUUGGUCGCUCGAAACCUACGGCAGAAUUAAGUGAUUGUAACCCCAAAGAUUUAGAAGACUUUUGGAAGACUAAAUCUUGUUUCUACAAGAUCAGAACUGAAUUAAAUGGCUGAUAAACAGAUUAGUUUACCUGCCAAGCUGAUCAAUGGAGGCAUAGCUGGGCUCAUUGGAGUCACCUGUGUGUUUCCUAUUGACUUGGCAAAAACACGUUUACAGAACCAACAGAAUGGCCACAGGAUGUACACCAGUAUGUCUGACUGCCUUAUUAAAACAAUCCGGUCUGAAGGAUAUUUUGGGAUGUACAGAGGGGCUGCAGUGAAUCUAACACUUGUGACUCCAGAAAAAGCCAUCAAGUUAGCUGCCAAUGAUUUCUUUAGGUACCAUCUUGCCAAAGAUGGGGGCAAGUUGACGCUGCCGAAAGAGAUGCUGGCUGGUUGUGGGGCAGGGACCUGCCAGGUGAUUGUUACUACUCCCAUGGAGAUGCUCAAAAUCCAGCUGCAAGAUGCAGGCCGAAUUGCUGCUCAGAAGAAGUCCAUGAUAGGACAAGCUCAGCUCAGCCCAUCAUCCACUGGCACCGGAGCUGCAGAGUCGGUUGUAGAGACGCGAAUGACAGCGAUGCAAAUCACAAGAGAUUUGCUUCGGAGCAAAGGCAUUGCAGGACUGUAUAAAGGACUUGGAGCCACGUUGCUCAGGGAUGUCCCAUUUUCUAUUGUUUAUUUUCCACUGUUCGCCAACCUGAAUAAACUGGGGCAGAAGAGCCCUGACGUCAAGGCUCCUUUCUAUGUCUCCUUCCUGUCUGGAUGUGCGGCAGGCAGCACAGCAGCCGUAGCUGUCAAUCCUUGUGAUGUAAUCAAGACAAGACUUCAGUCCUUGCAGAGAGGAGUCAAUGAAGACACAUAUUCAGGGAUAAUAGACUGUGCCAGGAAAAUCUGGCGUAAUGAGGGUCCCAUGGCUUUUUUUAAGGGGGCAUAUUGCAGAGCCUUGGUCAUUGCCCCACUCUUUGGUAUUGCACAAGUUGUCUAUUUCAUCGGCAUUGCUGAAUUCAUCCUCGACAUGUUUCCACGGCAUCGGGAUUAACCUCUCACCCUUCUUCUCAUCCAAUUGGAAUUCAUCAUAGUAUUUUUGUCAUUGUGAUGUCAGAGCAACGGCACAAAGGGUUCCAAGCAGUAAUAGUGGGAAUGAAUGUUGUCUCUAAAGUUAUUUUUCCUCAUAUCAACUUGGCCCUGAGGCGGGAUACCUAAAUAGUCAUAUCUGUUUUUUAAUUAUCAAUUUUAAAGACACUGCUUAACACAGACUGUCUGACUGGCCUGCUGUUCCUCUUGUCUAGUGGAAGAUGAGCCCCCUCUCCCCUUUUCUGGAACUGCCAACAACUCAAGAAAGAGCAAAAGAACAGGACCUGUUUCCAUGCCUCUAUUCUUGGGGUUAGGUCUCUGGGGAAAAAAAUCGAUUGGUACCCAAUAAAAGGGAGGUCAGUUUGACCCAGGCAAUUACUGAGAUCAGAAUAUUGGUUUUUAGAUGAGUCUCCUAAACAUCCCUUCUCCAAAUUAGCUGGACUUAAUGAACUUUUAAAUAUUAAGAGAGGGCAAAGGGAAAGCUGCAUCUUAAUGUUUUGAUUUUAUGAAAGGAUCACCUUCAUAAUAGGUCCAUGUGGGAAAAUGUACUCGGGACAACUGUGCAUUUGCUCUCUGAAACCUCAUCUUUUGGAAAUGUCUAGGGUCAUGAAUGUGAGCCAUGACAGUUGGGGGAAACCAAAUUAUUUGAAUUAAUUUUUUUUAAAAAAAUAUGCUGGAAAAAACUCUAGUAACAUAAAUACUUCUCUCUUUCAGCCUGAGAUGCUGCUUUCCAUGCUACUUUUCACCCCAUCCUGGGUUUCACAUGUCUGUGUCUUUUAAUCUGCGUAUAGAAUGUGUUUAUUGCUCCCUUAUUUUUGUUUGGGAACAUAGCAAGACCAAAGGCAACUGAACUCUUUUGUGGCUGGUCAGUGCUACAAAAAAGCUGGGAACAGAGCAUGAGAGAGGAAAACCUUGCAUGUUUCUUUAGUCACACCAAAGUCAAAGAAGUUUAACCUAUAUACCAGCAGAUUAUCAUUUUUUCCCCUGAACAACAAAUUGCAUUUUUGAAAUGCCAGUUUUUAUUGUAGAGGGGAAGUCUGCGUAUUUAUUAUUUUCAUAAAGUCAUCCAUGCAUAUAUGUUCUCAUUUUAAGCUGGUUUUCUGUUGUUUUUCCCUUACAGUUGUUUCAGUGGAAAAAGCCAUUCCAUUAUUGGCUGUUUCUUUCUUUUUUUGUUCUUGGCUUUGGUUAGUUCAGUCAGCUCCUUUUUGAAUAUCAAAUAUUGGGAGAUAAAUGUUUAAAAAAACAAAAUAUUUCUCUUUAAAAAUUAUAACACUUUUAGUCUUAAGGGACAGAAGAUCCAAUUUCUGGCAUGUUUUUGCUUACAUUUUGGACUUCUUGUCUCUGUAGAUUGCUUUAGUUGCUAGUAUUUUUAUGCCAUCCUAUAGAAAGAAUUUUUAUACAUAGUUGUCUUCUCAAUUCAGAAAUGUUCUUGGAUUCCAAAUCUGAAUAUUAACUAUGUUCACAUUCCUUAUGAGAUCUUUUGAAUAAUAAGGAUUUUUUUAAAUGUGUCAUUAAUUUUUUUACUUGCUCUUUCAAAUUCAGUGUAAAACCAUGUCUGUUUUGGAAAGUUAGUUGUAGGGUUGAAGAUGGUCAAAAUAACUGUGGGGCAGGUAAGACUGGUUUAGAAUAGAAGCUAUAUUUAAUAAUUUGUUUCAUGAAACACAGAUUUUUCUUUGUCCUUUUAUAAGCAUUUAAUCAUGAUUUAAAACUUCUUUUGCAAUAUUUCUUUCACCCAACUAAUCUGACAUCACUUCAAAAAAAAAAAGAACGCCUUAAGAUUUCAUUGUUAAACUAAGAAAUAUAAUGGCACAUAAUAUUUGAAUUAAUUGCAACAAUAUAUUUUGAUAUUUUUGAAACAGAAAUUAAGUAAAAUUUUGGGUUUUUAGGAAGCACAAGAUUAGGAUUAGUUGAUGCACUUUAAUAAGUAAAGUUUAGAUCCUUAUUUUAAUUAACAUUUGGUUAAAUGAAAACUUUAAAAAUAUGAUUGUCAUUUUUUAAAAAAAAGAAUCAAAUGUUUAAUAUCCUCUACAAUAGUGUCUACAAGAUUGCAAGGUGAAAGCAUGGAUAAAGAAAUUUAUUUAUACCUCAACUAUGGCCAGAUUAAUAAAAUUGCUACUAGAUUGCAGCUGCAUGCUUUAUCAGGCAGAUUUCCUGCUGAGUUGUGGGUCAGCAGUACUGCUGGAAAAGGAGAAAAAGAACUAUUUUGGGGCAAGGAAAACUUUACCAUGCCCCAGAUGUAGUAAAAUAAGGUGUCACUAUUUCACAGGCCUUCAUAUUAUCUAGUAAUGUUAACGCUAAUAUUUUUAAGGCAUGCUUAUGCUACAGAGACAAUCUAAUUGGAGUGUAAUUAAUGUUUGUCUGAAUGCUUGUCAGAGGGGCUUGUAGCUCCGUGGAGCCAUAGUUAGCUGAGUUCUUUUCUUGUAAGGAAAUUGUGAAUCACUGGGGUAUUGACAGUCUCUUAGGUUUCUUGAUUUCCAAAGGUUUACUCGCAAGUGCUCACUUUAAAAAGAAACCCUCACAAUGUGACUUCAAGCAUAUUUUAAGUUGUAGAAGUUUUUCGUCUUGUUUUAACAGAUUUGACUUUUUCUACCUAAGGUCCAAGAGCUUUGACAGGCCUCUUGCAGCCUAUGGUGACUUUUGCACAUUCCAUGUAACACAGUUGUAUUUAGGAUAAUCUUGAUAAAGCAAAAAGAUUGACCUGACAAUGAAUUGCUUGUAUUAUUUUUAAAUAUGUGAUUCUGUCUGCUAUUUAGCCUGUGACAACCAACACUGGCUAAAGUUUGCAAUGAAAAUAAGAUGAAGUCCAUAGGUGAACUGCUUUCAUACAGUGAGCUUCCCAUUGCUUCUCUUUAACAAUCUGCAUUUCAGCCUUUGCAUGAAAGCACAGUAAUUUGUUGGCAAGUAAAAGCUCCCUUAAUUGCAUGUUUGGAAGAAGAUGUGCCAGAGGUGAGCAUCUAAAAAUGACCACUUGGUACAGUAGGGUUGGAGACUGCCUUAGAAGAAAACUGUGGAGGCUCUGCGUCUAGAAAUAUCCACCUAGAGUUUGGAUGGUGAUGAUCAUUAGGAAGGGAAGUGGAGAACUGAUGUAUAUUAAACUGAAGUGGAACAGAAGUUAAUGGUGUUGGGUUUUUAAUAGAAUCAUGUGGAUGUGAUUUUGAGCUUUUUCUGCUUUUACUUUGGACAUAUGGAAGGCAAUGCGUACAACAUAAAAUGCAUAUAUACAUUCUGGUCUACAGAAACUUGUUAUCUAAUACAUGAUAUCAUAUUUUAUAUUGUUCCCCACCAGUGUAACAUCAAUAUAAAGCUCAGUCCUAGGUCUAAUCAUGUGCUGGUUAGUUGUUGUCAUUUUUUAAAUUGUGUCUGACCACAUUUUUGUCUGUACUCACAGGGUACAAGCAGGUUAACAGGUAACAUGUCUUAGCCACUGCAUGCUAACUGAGAAGCAACAAAUUUUCAGGACUACAUUUCAUUUACUAAAUACGGAUUAAACAUUCUAGGUCUUGUGCACAACAGCUCAGAAAGGACUCUGGUUGAUUAAAUAAUAGUACCAUGAUUAAACAUGAUAAUAGCAAAUAUAGGCUAUUUGCUGAUCCCUUCUUAAAUUCUAAAAAUAAAAUAAAUAAAAUAAAAAAUAAAAAUAAGUAUUGUGGAUUAAACAAAAUUUAAAAAGAUGACAGGGAUGGGUGGGUGUCCAGAAGAGAUUUGAAGGCUGCAAUAAUUUUCCUUCAGGAAAAUGUCCCCUUUUGUUACAGUCCUUUUACUUCAAAUCUCUUCUCUGAAUGCAAAUCUGACAUUAACUGCCAUUAUUAAUAUCUUAACAAAUCUCAGUUUAAGACUGGUUCUAUGGGAGAAUAUAGUGGGGGACAUUAACAGGGAAAGGGCAUCACAGGGUAACUUUUGUAUCCUUCUUCUGAAUAAAGCCUAUUUCAUGAAUGUUACUACCCAGAUACUCAUUUAAGGGAAUUCAUUUUGUUAGUACUUCAAAAUAUUUUAAAGUAAAACUAGAGAUAGACUCUCCUGUAAAUUAUUAUGUAAGCUAAAAUGAACAUACAUUCUUUACUCGCUGAGCUUCUACUGAAAUCUUUUGCAUUAGGAAAGUUUAAUGCUGAAGAUAACAAAAUAGUAAAAUUUGAUUCUAUACUUUCCAUCUACCAAGAAUUACUUUUUUUCACAAAAUAUUAUUAAGCAGCAUUUAAAUACAGAUAAAACAUCUUAUAAACAAAGCAAAUUAAUAAAUACAAUCAAAACCCUUUUGUGUCAGGUUUUCUUCUCAUAUGCACUUUGUCCUCUGAAAUUUUAAAAGCAAUUAGAUUCUGUGAAAAUUACAAUGAUUUGUAAUUAAUGAUGACAAUAUAACUAUAGAACUUGGGAAAAAAUAAAUCAUUAGCAGAUUCAUCUAAUUAGGCAUGAUUCUGAUUCACAGAAAUCAGUGAAUUUUUAUUGAGUAACAGCAACAGAAGAAAAUAUUUCUGUACUUUAAAUAAUUCUUGGUUAGGGAUGUUGGUUCAGUGGUGGGUUACUACCAGUUGGCCCCAGAUUGGGCGAAUCGGUAGUGGUGGCGAGAGGGUCCAUGCCAGAAGCAUCACCUGUGUGUGCGUGCACACAAGCAAAACAGUAGCAAACUAAAUUGAAACCCACUACUGUGUUGUUAAUAUAAAGAGCUAUUUUUCAUAGAAUCUAUUAUUCCUUCUUGAAAAGUUAUUUUCAUUUUCCUAAUCAUUAACCAAAUCUACUUUUUUUUGGACAGAAAUUGUCCCAGAUCAGGCCAAAACAUUUAUAAUACAAUCCUGUAAAUCUCUAACUGGAAUUAUUUCUGAAUUUAAAGCUAAAAGUCUCUCAUGCUUCAAAUAUAUGUUUAUUUAAUGAUACAUUUGCUGAUUGCCUUUUCUAAAAACUCGGGCCUUGCUUUAACAUGAUUUUUUAAAAUUAGGAAACACUUCUAGUUUUUAUUCCUCUCACAAAUGCGUAGUAGCUCCUAUAUGUAACAUUCUGUCAAUAGUCUUAUCAGUGAAGGUCAGAUUUUAGACUUCAUAUUUUAACAGUAUAAUUUUUAAAGCUAGUAGAUAUACUGUAUUAUAGCCGAGUAGGAUCUUUUUCAUGUGCAGCUUUGUCUUCCCACCAUGUUAGAUAGGAAAAUGUUCUAAUACUCUCAUAUCCUCCUUUGCAAGUGCUUAUGGUUCUGCCGUCAAGAAGAGAGUGUUGGUCCAGAGCAACCUGCAUCUACAGGGUAGGAUAUAAGCGAUACACCGAUAAGGAAAUGGAGGGUGAUUCCUGCUUUGAGCUAAAGAGCUUAUAGAUGUAGCAAACUCCUACAGAGAUGCUAAUACUCUAGAACAUAUGUGCAGAACUUUGAACAGAGGAUAGCUUUGACCUUCAAAAGAUAUGCUAUGGGGCAGAAUGAAAAUGGGAGGAAGAAAGUAAAAUAAAGAAUUGGAAAUUGUCCCACAUGGGAACCAGUGGACAAAGAGUUCCAGCUCACUUUCUGUUCCAAAAUUAAUAAAUAAUGGAGUACAUUUGUUUCUGAGUUGACUUGAAAGACUGCCUGAAUGUUUUUCUAUUAAAUCCAUCUGUUAUUGUAAAAUCAGUACAGUUCAUUGAUUCCUCCCACCAUCAGAUCUGUUGCUAUAAUGAAUUUAUAAAUUAGAUUCUGGAUAGACCUGAUACUUCCUCCUCCCCCACCCCAUCAAAAUGUCUGCAAUAAAACCAGAUGUAAUGUUCAUUAGGAAAUGCAGGUUCCCCCUUAUCAAAUUCUGUGCUCUGUGCCAUCUCCCCCUCUGUUCAUCCAUUAAAUGAAUUUUAUCAAUUGUUUCUCAAUUAUGGUUUCUUUGAAUUUGGGUGUCCUGCAUGCAUUCGAAGGUACCUGGCAUUCAGACUUAGUUACCUAGAAAAAAGUGAAUCAGAAGAAGGAAUAUCACAUUUAGGUACACCCAGAGGAUAACAAUAUCUCUGGGAUCCAUAUUAAUAAAGGAGCAUGAUGAAAAGACAGUGGUAUUGGUAACAUCUAGAUCAAGGAAGGAGAUAAUUUUAAAAAAGCUCCCUGCUGAUUUAAACCAAGCUAACAAGGCUAAAAGAGGCAGUAACAAAAUGAGGAAUUUAAAACCUUGAUUAAUCUGAUGCAAACUACACAGACAAAAAGGUGGCAUAAAAUAUAAUACAAAUAUUAAAGUUGGCCAUUAAAUGUGUGUUGAUAAUCCUUACUGCUACACUACUGAAAUUUAACAGUGGUUCCAGAACCACAUACAAGAUCUUGCUAAGGAGGGGAUGCUCAGAUUUGGAUCUCUGCUCUAGACAUUGGUGCGACAUUAACACAAAUAUAUGAUUUCUCUUGUUCCCUUAUUCUGCUAUUAGGGCAGGGUUUGCAAUAGCAUCUGUGGAACCUUAACAUUGAAUAAUGUUUAAACAACAUCACAAAAUUUGGGGAUACUUUGCUACUGAAAGCUUUGCAAGAUUUAGGGUAGUUGAAUUGCAACAUUUCCUGCAAGAUACUGGAGUUAUCCUGUGAGAUCUUGGUUAUGAUAAUCAUUGAACUUUGCAGAUAUUUAUCAUUAAUGUAUUACCCUUGUUUGUGCACCAGUGCCUUUGUAUGAAACAGUGCCUGGAAAUAUUUCCAGUUGAUACAUUUCAUGAUGCAACUUAACAUUUUGAUGACAUGGCUGCUGAUGGGAAGGUUAAUUUGAAUGUUGUUUUCCCAACAUAAUUUAUUGAAAUCUUUGCGAUUUCAGUCAAUAUUUACUAUGACAUUCACCCUAUUGAGGAGGGAAAAAAUUCGUCUGCUAUUUGUAUUUGAUUUAUAAAGGAUGCUAAUUUUUAAGGUGCUAUAAGAUUCCUUGUCACUUUUAUUUCUUCAAAACUUUCUAAGAUAGUGCAUUGUGCUGGUCCUCAGUAAGUUUUGCUGCUAUGAAAUGGAUUGUAAUACUUGAUAUGUAUAUUACAGCUCUGUUGUAUAAAUACAAAAAAUAGCUACUUAAGCUAUUAAGAAUCCUGUUAUUUUACUGCGCAGCAGCUUACAAUAUAUUCUUACGACAUGAAAAGGAAGUAAAUAUCUAGUGAUAUUUUUGAAGUAUAAAUAAGGUUGCAGUUUUCUAGAAACAUGGGAUCAGUUUGGGAAGAUUAAAAUUUAAAAUUCCCAUUUUUCUGAUGAAACCUGCCAUAUGAGAGUGGAAAUUAAUAUUUUAUAGCUUUGUAUCAUGUCACUGUAACCUUAGAAGGAAGUCUACAGUAUUCAACUGCUUGAACCACUGGGAGCUUGAACAAAAAUGACAAAUGGAAUAUACAUUUACAAUUUUAAAAAACUCAUGUUUUGAUCACAUUUUGAUAAUUGGUUGCUGCAAAUCUUUUGGCCAGUGAAUGUGUUUUGAAUAUAAAAUUAAGACAUACUUGAAGUUAAUCUGAAAAUUUAAAUGGCCUGUUAAAUUCCGAAUGAUGCUUCAUCAUUAAAGGGGAGAGGCUUCCUUCUUAGAAGAAAAAAGAGACCUUGAAAAUCAGCUUACUUUUAAUUUUUAAGUAUGGAUUUUCAAUUCCAUCUGCUUCCUGUCAUAGUCUAUUAAGACAAAGUUAUAGCCUGAUUCAUUGAUAUUUUUUUCAGCCUUUGCCACCUCCAUCUGUCCAAGCCUUGGUGUCUGAAUGGACUCCAAAGCAUUUUUUGUAUUCCGCUGCUUGCCAUCUUCUUUAUGGCAUUGUCAUGUCCUUCCUUGUAGCCCUGAACAGAAUUCCAUUGCUCAAAUAAUCUUCCAAUUGUCUAUAUACCCUAUGUAAUUUACUUGCUUCUUCUCUGACCUUGGAUUUAAGAAAAAAAUAGUGUUGGUAAUUUUUUUUUCAUGCACCUCUUCCAAUGUUGCUUGUACCAUGAAUAAGCUUCUAGUCUAGUUCAUAUGAGACACUUGCUUUAAAAGGGGAGAAAUGGUGAGAUGCAUUGUGCUUUAAAAAAAAAACUGGAGGAAAAUCAUACAAUUUUGUAGCCUCUGCAUGUAAUAGAUUACAGCAAUUAUCCAUAGCCCUAAAGGAUAUUUGCUUAUGCCAAUCUUUUUUUCUUUAGGAUUUUGCAUAAUCAUUUUUUUUAAUAAAAUGUUUCUAUUAAAAACUUUUUAAAAGAGGGAAAGACUUAGAUUUAAAUCCAUGGCGGAAGACAUGUCAUUUAGCUUUGUUAUGAGAAAUGUUAGUUAAAUGUCAUAAUUAUAGGCCAAAUAUGACUAUAAGAGCACCAUCUGUCCCAGUGAUAAUCCAUAGCACUUUCCCAGAUAUUCCAGUGAUCUCCUUAAUUCUGUUUAUCUCUGUUGCCUCCCCCUUCUUCUGCUUCCCUCAGCCUUGCCAAGAACAGGGUUUUUUUUAUUAUAGUUCACCAUGUAUUUGAAUCACAUGCUCAGUUCUCAAAUUUCUGCUACUGAUCACUGUCUCAAGGGAACAGUCUUUAUUUUCUUUAGAACAGAUUGAAUUGGUUCCCCUUGCUGUCUAGGGUUCUCUCAGUAAUAGUCUCCAAAUCCAUAAUUUGAAGGUGUCUAUUUUCUUUACUUUCAAUGCUCAGCUUUAACAGAUUAGCAUAUCAUUGGAAAAAACACAGCUGUUCUGAAUUGUAAUGGCAUUAGUGUGUGCUUAUCCUUCCUGAACUUGUUUAAAUUUGUCACUAUGUUCUCCUUACAACUUCUUUUUUUACUUCUACAGUCUAUACGUUCUUCAACAAAAGACAAAACUAUCUCCCAUUAUCUCAUUCUUCCCAUAAACUAUAAAUUAUCCAAAUAUGCAGAUUGGCGUUACCUUUAUCUUAAUGUUUAACAGUAACCCUGAUUGUUUACCUCCUGUUUGUACUUUCAUAAUAUUCUCUUCUGUGUCUUCUUUAGUUUCAGCACAACAUGGCAGUGCCUGCUUAUUUUAAAUUAUUACAAAAAGUUUUGAUCUCUUUUGCCAUCUCUUCUAAUACUGCUACUUUUAUUAUUUGUUAAGCAAGUUCAACAACAGCAUUUUUGUCUCAGUCCUGUCUCUACUCAAACUGGCACCAUUUUUCAAACUCAGUUUUCACAUAAUGAACAUAAUGUAAACAUAAAACAAAAACAUAAAACAUAAUGAAAAAUAUGCAGUUAAUUCACUUGCUUUAUUCAUAUAUGGGUGACUUCCAACUUUACAUGAAGUGGUAGUUGUUGAUAUGGGGGAUAAGGGAUAAGGGAAAAAACCCUGAGAGAUGGGUCCCAAAGGUGCUUUUUCAAGAGGCAAGUGGACUUUCUUGUUCUUCUUUGAAGACAUUUUGCUUCUCAUCCAAGAAGCUUCUUCAGCCCUGAUUGGAUGGUGAGGAAUGGAAGGAUUAGUAUUCCUUGCAGACAGCUGGUCAUUUGCAUUCUUUUGCAGAGUCAUUGAGGCCACUUAGAGAUUUGUCUGCGUCCAAGAGUUGAGAAGACAUUUCAUUAGUAAACCUGUAUUUGGUGCAAAUUACUCUCAAUAAUUGAAAUUUUUGUCCUCUUACUCCAGCGCUAGAUGGAAUGUAGAGUCUUCUUUGGUAGAAAUUUCCACAAAGUAGAGGGUAGAAAAUGUUUGCAUAAUAUAAAGAGCUGCAAGUCAGCCAGACAACAUACUGUAUAGUGCAAAAAUAACUGAAACAAACAAAACAUUUUUCCAUCUCAAAACAAUGAGCUGGAUUCAUCAUGACAAAUUUUGGUCCUCCCGCAACUCUGUUGUUUAAAUACUAAGUCGUUGCUAAUUGUGUGUGUGAGAAAGAGAGGCAGAUAGAUGGACAGGCAAUAUAUUCAGUUUUGCAUGCCAGGCUUGCCUAGAGAAUAGCUUUGUUUUUAGAUGCAAGGAUGUAACUGAGUUACAGCUUCACUGAAAAAUAACAAGCCUACGUAGACAUCUCCAAGGACUGUUUUUAUUUCUGAUCAGCUCAGUUUUAUAGGUUUCUCUCUGUCUUCACAAUGUUAGAAUUGUUUCUCUGUCUAGACAUGAAAUCAAAUGUCAGUAAUUAAUAGGGAGCAGCACACUUCUGCUGGCUUGUUUUGAGACAUUUCCAUAGAAUUUCCUCCCAGGUUGUUGUGUUUUGCAAAGACACGUUAGCCAACAGGUUUGUACCCACAGGUUCACUCAGCUUUACUGUCACAAUGACAGAAUGUGAGCAAGAACAGUGGUAGUCUGUCUUCUGUAAAUUAAGCCAUGGAUCUCCGGUGCUACACAUUUGUGUCUAAACAAUAAGCUCAAGGAGAACUUCCAAAAUUGAGAACCAAAGCAUAUGAAAGACAUGUUCUUUAUAGAGAAUAACUAUUAUUGGGAAAUACUUUAGCUGUGGCCAGAAGAAUCAUAUAAAAUUUGACAUUUUGAAAGUAUGAUAUGAUCUGCAUUAGGAACAAUAUAUAGAAUUAAUUGGGGGCAGGUGGGUCAAGUGAAAGUCAUAUCAAGAGAUGGCGUCAACUCACAUGCACUUUAAGAAUAUGGGGAAAGUUAAGAUAUGAUGCAAUGUGCUGUAUGUGACACUGCUGCAUAUUGCAUCUAAAAUAAAGCAGUUACAAAUAAACAGUCCACUUUUAAUCCAAACUCUGCUCCAAAUAAUUGGCGCUUAUAUAAAUGCCACCAUGGGAAGAGUUAAUAUUAGAAAAUUCUAGAUCAGACGAGCUUCCAGUCAAAGUGUAUCCCUUUCCUGAUGACCCUUGACUAUCCCCACAACCAUUUUUGUGUUGCUCAACAAGUAUUUAUUUACUUAAUCAAAUAUCCUCUUUUUCCUCUCCAUGAGCCAGUGGGCUCUCCUUUUGAUUGGAAGCCCCAAAACAAUCAACCAAUCAGUUCCUACUUCCUUCUUCUUCCUUUGUAAGGUAUUAUUAUGUGGCAUUGAGGAAAUAAAGGAAUGAUCAGACACUAUAUGGAGGAAGUGGCAACACUGUCACUGUGAUGGCUGAUCACUAUUGAAAGGAUAAAUAUCUCACCUCUAAUCUUCAGGGUAGCCUAAGUGCCUUAAAAAAAAUCCUCUUCACCCACAGCAUGAUUGGCUGUUGCUUAAUUGUUUUUGAAAGAACAUCCAUUGCAAAACAAGUUAGGAAGAGCAAGGCUGCUGGAAUUCCUUCCAACUUUAAUAAUAAUUCUGCCCUGAGUCACAUGAUGAGGGAGGGGCUAAGAAUUGAGAGAUUGGCAGCAUUCUGAGCAGCUGCCCAACAGCCUCUCUCAUAGGGAUGCAUGGGAGGAGUUACAGGUAGUCCUUGAGUUAUGGCCACAAUUGAGCCCAGAAUUUAUGUUGCUAAAUGAAACAUUUAUUAAGUGAGUUUUGCCCCAAUUUACGACCAUUCUUGCCAAAGUUGUUAAGUGAAUCACUGUAAUUGUUAGUAACACAGUUAUUAAGUGAAUCUGGCUUCCCCAUUGACUUUGCUUGUCAGAAGGUCAUGAAAGCGGAUCAUAUGACACUGGGAUAUGUAAUAAAUAUGAACCAGGUGCCAAGCAUCUGAAUUUUGAUCAUGUGACCAUCAGGGUGCUGCAAUGGUCGUAAAUGUGCAAAACGGUCAUAAGUCACUUUUUUCAGCACCGUUGUAACUGAACGGUCACUAAAUGAACUGUUGUAAGUCAAGGACCACCUGUAUUCUGCAAGAUUUUUCUUCACAGCUCUGGUUUGGAUCACGCCCAUUUUCAAACUCCAUCUUUCUUUUGCUGGCUUAUUUGCCUACAUCAAAUUUGAUCCUAUUGGUUCUCCUUUUUUUGAAUUGAUCUGACAAAGUCCCAAGAUCCUCUAUAUAAUUUCUAACUAUCUAUGUGGUUGGAAAGCAUAAAAAGCAACAUUUCAGGAAGUGGCUUUGUUUAUCACAAGCACAAACUAUAGUCAAUGCUGUGUGUGCCUCACUAUUCAGUCCUGGAAAAUAGAUUUUAUGUCACUAUCCAAUAAAAGUGUGUUUAGCCUUUACUUGGGGUAUAUCUGGACAAUUUUUAAAGUUCUGAGAGAGCAGCUGGCCCUUGUAUGUUCCAUUUUUUCAACCUCUUUUUGUUGAUCUGAACUGGAAAUACAAUUCUGGCUCAUUAAAAAAUAUUGUAUGUAAAGCUAUAUAGCAGUGAUGGCGACCCUUUUCGGCACCGAGUGCUGAAAAGGGAGCACUUAGCACGUGUGCUCCGCGACCAGGAGGAGGAGCUGCCCAGGGGGCAUGUGCGCACCAGAUAAGGUACUUCUGGUUUCUGGCACAUCAGCAAGUCUUCCGGUUACUGCCAUGCAUGCACACGUGCCAAUCAGCUGGCCAACAUGCAUGCUCACACUGGAAAAUGGAAGACAAGCUCUUCCAGUUUCUGGAACUGCCGCACGCAGAAAGGCCAGCUAAUCAUCGCGUGUGCAUGUGCGCCAGAAACCCAGAAGAGGAACGGGUGAUGCCGCACGUGCCAGGCAUGAUGGCUCCGCAUGCCACUUCGGACACGCGUGCCAUCACGGCUAUAUAGCGAACUUCAAAAUAUAUCAUACAGAGUCUUGGCAAAUGAAUGGAUCUGAUAAUUUUCAGCAUAAAUUGAUCUCAGUUCUGUCACCUGGAGUUGUUAACAAUAGUUUGUGGACCAUAGAAUCCACUUUCUGUGUUCCACAAAAUGCCACGAAGCAUAUACAAAGGCCGACAUAUACGGUAUACACCUGACAGGUCUGUGAACUAAAACAAUAUUUCUUGCUCCCAUUUGAAACUAGGUUAUUUCAAUAAUUUGAGCAAAUACUGAAAACAAGUGUGAAAGGGGACAGAGCCCCCUUGUUAAAUGAUGGUUAAAAUGCUCAUUUUGUAAGCCUGCCUUUGUGAAAACUGAUGGACCUCAGGCAUCCAUUUUGUGUUACAUAUGUAUGCAGUGAUCACUGAGUUCUUGGUGUUAGGUCGUCUUUGGCAUGCAAAGUUCAGCUUUUUUUGUAUGGGGCUGUAUUUUUGUGCAAGAAUGCACACUGCUGGAGGUUCCAGAUGGGAAUGUUUUGAUAUUGUGCUUACAUCUAAUGCUUUUGUGGAGUGGCAGGGUCGGGUGGGGUAUCGCUUUUAUUUUUGAACUUAUUUUUUUCAGGUUUGUCACCAAUUCUCCUCAUUGCAUCAGUGAGUUUGAUCCAGUAGCACAGGUUUUCCUCUUUCCCCUCCUAAAACCAUAGAUGCUUCCUCUCCUGCUUUGGCGUUUUUGUUUCCUUGGUUGUAUUUUUCAGGCCCCGCAACUGUUUCUUCAAUAGUGCAAUUUAGUGUGUAUUUGUGAUUUCGUGUCCAAUACAACACUGGAGGGAUAGGAAUUAACAUGGUAAAAUGGUUUUGGACAAACUUCUUCACUCUUAAUCUAAGUUAGGAAUGUAAUUGUGACACAUCCUCUUUCUUUAUCUGACAUAGUUGAUUUUCUUUGAGAACUCAAUGUCAGGUAGGCCUUCUAUUUCAAAAUUUCCUAGACUGACUUUUUGGAGUUUAAGGCCUUGGUUAGUUUCAACAGAAAACAGGAAGAACCAAUCAACUUUUCUGAACUGUAUUGUUUUUAGUACUGAUAAUUUCUGUUCGUAAUAUGUCAGUUGACAAGAUUAUAUCAUUUUAUGUUCACUAUUUAUUUUCUGAUAUGAAAAUACCUUGUUAUUCCUUAUCUUAAACACUCAUUUAUUCAAUUAAAUAACAUUUUAUGUUUCCAUUUACAUUAGCCUCUGUAUGUGUGCGUGUUUGUGCACACGCUUAUUUUGUUCUGAGAUGUUCCUGAAUGAAGUUCCAGAUUACAAUUUUAGUAUAUCCUGUUGCUGAAUAGGAAUUUUAAACUACUUGUACUGUGGUUUUUUUAAAGUGCUGCUUAAAAAUAAAACUUAAAAGGAGAAUGAUUUUUUUCUCCUGAAGAGUUUUGAAAAGUACUUUUGUGUAUUGUCAUGUAAAAUAAAUAUCUAAAUAGAAUUAAAAUCUAAUUCUCCAGUGCUA